AUGAAGCUAAUUCUCUCCACCGGAAACAUCGUCAGCAGCGGACCAUCCGUCCUCAGAAGGCCAGCGACAGAGAAGUCCAAUGUAGAAUUUCUAAAUUCAUUGCGGUAUAACUUUGUCUCUGCGCAAGACAUCGAGCCCUCUCACACCAACUCGCCAUGCGAAGAGACACAUUCGCCGCCCCAGAAGCUUUCCUAUAGCGACUAUACUACCUGGACCUCUAGAGAUGGCGACACGCUCUAUGUGCCUUCCCUCGAUUUCUCAAUGUCUGGUCUGUCCGAAGAUCGCUCACAAUAUGACGUAACCGUCAAGCUUUUCUACCUACCAGGAGUCCCAGCGCAGCGGAGGUGUCAGCAUGCUCGUGAAUCCAUCAAUCUGGUCCUCAAGGAGCUGCAUAUAAGCUGCAUAGAUUUGUUGAUAGUUUCGUUCCCGGAAGUAACUUUUGACGCGGAUGACGAGGGUGAAGAAGAACUGUCGAAUGGUGAAGGGUCGGAGUCUGAACUUGACAAUAUUGUUAAGACAUGGCGAGCCUUGGAGUCGAUGCAUGAGCAAGGAAUAAUAACGCAGCUUGGAAUAGCUGAAUUCGACAGUUCACGGCUCGCGAAGCUCCUCGCGCAAACAAAGAUUCGGCCCAAUGUCGACCAGAUCAACGUCAAAGAUUGCUGCGUUGUGCCGAAAUCGUUGAUCGUCUAUGCAAAACAAGAGAAUAUCGAGCUUCUGACACACAAUGACUGCACAGACAUCCUUCCUCGGGGAACAACUCGAGACCUGCUAUCUCGUACAGAAAAAGGCGCCGGUAUACUUGCUGCCACAGCUGACGCCGAGGAUGGCGGCAUAAAGGGUGACAUCGACCCGCAGUGGGUUAUCAAGUAUACCGCUGUGGUAAAGGACAGAGGAGUGAUUGAGAAUAAGGGAUAUUUCGCUCUUGCAGAUGUUGGGCCUUGA